GAAAUGUGUUGCAAGUUCAUCAGCAGCAGAUUCCAGUAAACACUGUAAUACAAGAUUUCACACGAAUGGAACUUAUACUGUUUGAAGAGGUGCUAAUAAAGAGAGUACAGAGAAGAAACAAAAGCAAUGCUGGAUUGAGAUUUGGAGGCACAACAAUGGCUGGAAAUCUGAAAUAAUUCUGGACGAGUCUUAAGUGUUAUGGUUUGCAAACAGCAGCCUAACUAGCAAUGGACAAUACUGCAAUGAAGACAAGUGGAAAAACCUUGUAUGAACAAAGGAAGAACUAUGCAAAAUCAACUGUUGCAAUGUCAGAGACUUCGCAGUAUUGUGUCGAGCACUUGGCAACAUUUAUUGUUGAUCGAAAGGAUGCCAUGAUAACAGUAGAUGAUGGUAUAAGAAAACUAAAACUGCUUGAUGCAAAAGGCAAGGUCUGGACACAGGACAUGCUACUUCAGGUGGAUGAGAAAGCUGUCAGCCUGAUUGAUCUCGAGAGCAAAAAUGAGCUGGAGCACUUUCCCUUUAACACAAUCCAACAUUUUCAGUCUGUGAUGAAUGCCUGUAAUUAUGACUCAAUUCUGGCACUCGUUUGCAAGGAACCUGGCCAAGGCAAACCAGAUAUUCACCUUUUCCAAUGUGACGAAGUUAAGGCUGAUCUGAUCCAUGCAGAUAUUGAAAGUGCUGUCAGUGACAGCAAAGGUAGCAAACAGAAGAAAAGGCCUGAUACUCUGAGAAUGAUUACAAAGCCAGAUAAUUCCAUCCCUCCACCUCCCCAAGCCCCAGCUCCUGUUCCUCCAGGCACAAUUACACAGGUGGAUGUUAGGAGCCGAGUAGCAGCCUGGUCAGCCUGGACUUCGCCUGUUGAACAAGAUGAAAAACAGAAGGUUAUUCAUGAACCAGAAGAAACUCCAGAUAUGGCAGCUGUCAGAAUUGAUAGAGAUGUGCAAAUUUUGAAUCACGUUUUAGAUGAUGUGGAAGCAUUUGUUAUUAAACUACAAAAAGCUGCUGAAGCAUUUUCUCAGCUUUCACAAAGGAAAAAAUCAAAGAAAAGUAAAAAGAAAGGACCAGGAGAGGGUGUUCUAACUCUCCGGGCAAAGCCACCUCCACAAGAUGAAUUCAUCGAUUGUUUCCAGAAAUUCAAGCAUGCAUUUAAUCUACUAGCCAAACUGAAAUCUCACAUACAGAAUCCUAGUGCAGUUGACCUGGUGCAUUUCUUGUUUACACCUUUAAAUAUGGUCAUACAAACCAGUGGUGGACCUGAGAUAGGUGGUUCAAUUCUCUCUCCUCUUCUAACAAAAGAUGCUAUAGAUUUUUUAAAUUCAUGUGUCACGCCUGAAGAAAAGGUGAUUUGGUUUUCUUUGGGUGAAGCAUGGAUCAAGCCCAGAUCCGAGUGGCCUAAAGAUCAGUUUAUCCCUCCUUAUGUGCCUCAUUUUAGAAGUGGAUGGCAACCUCCCUUAUUGUCAUUUUUGGGCACACCAUGUGAACAGGAACUAAAUAACUUGGCUGAAUCGGUGGCGAAUGCGGAGCAUCAGCGAAGGCAAGAAGAACAGAGGCGACUGAGUGAAGAGCAAGCCACUUCACAGGAGCAUCAUUCCAGUGACGGGUAUGCACACAGCAACUCGAAUUACAAGAGGCGAUCUCUGCAGCAGCAAGGAACAGAUAAUGCAGCCUUUAAGAGAAAUAGUAGCCGACCUGUAGCUAGAAAUUCUGAAGCUCAUGUAAACAUGGAAUCUAAGACAUUUGCCAAAUCCAAGUAUGACUUUGUGGCAAGAAACAGCAAUGAACUGUCUGUUAUGAAAGAUGACUUGCUGGAGAUCAUUGAUGAUAGGAAACAGUGGUGGAAGGUGAAAAAUCAAAGUGGAAUGUCUGGUUACGUGCCGAAUAACAUUCUGGAUCUGGUACGGAACCCUUAUGGAGCUGGUGAAGGAGUGCCUGAAGGUCUUUACAAUCAAACAAUUCAGAAACAGAAGUUGGAUUACAUUGCAAGAAGUCCAGCUGCAAUACCCCCUGCUCCUUCGCCCCCACCUGCACACAUUUCUGCCUCUACAUCCCCAUUUGCGAGUGUAGCUAAAGGAUCGUCUAAAAAUGUCAGUCGUCAGAACAGUAGCAGUUCUAUUGAAAGUACUGGCACACAAAAGGAUGUUCAGAGAGAUGGGCGCACACCACUGAGCCGCAGAAAAUCUCAUAUGGAGGAAGUGCAGGAUGAGCUGGCGCACAGACUUACAAUUGGGCGUGGUGCUGCACAGAAGAAGUUUCAGGUGUUACGAAGCAACAGCACAACCAUUGGCAUUUGCUACGAUUCGACCCCGGAGGAAGUUGCAGAAUGGUUACGGUCCAAGGGUUUUAGCACUGUCACUGUGAACAGUUUGGGUAUUCUCUCUGGAGCACAGCUUUUCUCGCUAAAUAAGGAUGAGUUGAGAACUGUUUGUCCUGAUGAAGGUGCUCGUGUGUACAGUCAGGUUACGGUACAAAAGGCUGCUUUGGAGGAUAAGCGUGGGACUUCAGAACUAGAAGAGAUCAUGAAACGGAGGCAAGAAAAACUCAGUGCUGCUGGCUGUGACUCUGGAGUGGAAUCUUUUGAUGAAGGAAACAGCCAUUCAUGAAAUGUUAACAUGAUACUUUCCUGCAUUCUAGGAAGCGACUGAGAGAUUAUCUGACUUUUUUCUGAAAUUAUGCACAGAAUGCACAAAUUGGAGGAAUAGGGAAGUACAUCUCCCCAAAGGACAAAUGUUUACUACUAUGGCACAGUACAGAAUUAUGUAAAAAUUUGUUACUCUUAAAAUUCAGUGGAUCUUUUGCAAUCUUAAUGUUGAUUGCAUUCUUUAAAUAUAAUUUAAUAUUCUGCUUGAUUUAUUAUGCAGUGAAUGAGGUAUGUAAUGUUCUGUUGUAGAAUGAUAAAAGGGAAUAGGAUUGAGUGUUUGAGUCACUGUUGUCUGCAAGUUUUAAAUUAAGAAGAUUAAUUUCGGUAUGAAGCACUACAAUGGUUUUUCUAUGAUUGGCAUUUAAUGUAAGAGUACCAAAAUGUCAUUGUAGAAGAUGUCACUGAUUUAAUAAAGCAGUUUCUUUAUCUUAUUAAAUACACUAUUGUGAUCUAAAAGCUUGACCAGAAAGUCGCAUUAAACACUGAGCUACUUUGCUACUGUACUUGGUGUGAAACCUUUUAGAGCAGAAGUGAACAACUAGCAACACUACCCCACCCCAGAAAUCUAUGUAAUGUUUUAUUGAUGUUACACAUAGCCACUAAAAGAUUUCACAUGCAAGUUGUCUUUUUCACUGUCUGAACUUUAAAUUUGGUUAUCUUGCUGUAAUUUUAUGAAAACAUGCUGAAUUGAGAAUGUUGUACAUUUGAGAACUUAAAUCCAUUUAGAAGGAUUUGAUAUUGUAUUUGUAUAGUUUCAUGGUGCCUUUUCCAUACAAUUAAGCUAUAAUUCUGCAAUAAAUGGUAUUUA